GGUAUCUUCAUGAAAGGCGGUAAGGGGACAACAGCUAGUGGGAGUGAAAGAGGGCUGGUUUAGAAGAAGAGGAAUGGACAGAGUGAAUGAAGACAUUAUGGUGGAGGAAAAAAAAGGACGAGGACCAUCUGCUGGCGAUAGAAUGACGAAUAAGCAUUUGGGCAACCAGACAAGUGCAGUAUUGCAGAUGGACGAUGGAGUGGGAGCACAAUUAAAAGCCAACACAAACCAACAAUGCGGCUGGUUUUUACACAACCUGCUCCUUGCCCUCACUGUGCUAGGUGUUAUAGCGGGCACCGUGCUGGGCAUGAUGCUGCGUUAUGUUCCUGAUCUGGACACAAACACUCUCGUGCUGGUUUCCUUUCCGGGAGACAUCCUAAUGAGAAUGCUGAAGAUGCUCAUCCUGCCCCUCAUCAUCUCCAGUCUCAUCACAGGCCUGGCCGGUCUGGAUGCUCGCUCCAGUGGAAGAAUGGGCACCAGAGCAAUGGUGUACUACAUGUCCACCACAAUAAUCGCUGCUGUUCUGGGUGUCAUCCUGGUGCUUGGAAUACACCCUGGGAACCCAAAACUCAGGUCAGGUCAGGUCAACUCCGCCCCCAAGAACCAAGAAGUGAGCAGUCUGGACGCCUUUCUGGAUCUGAUCCGAAACCUUUUCCCUGAGAACCUGGUCCAGGCCAGUUUUCAACAGGUUCAAACGGUGCUGAAAAAAGUAGCUGUCCCAGUCCAGAACCAAACAGAACCGAUCCUUGUCAACAGGAAAAAACUGGAAAUGAAGUGGGGAAUGAAUGUUUUAGGUUUGAUUGGGUUCUUCAUCGCGUUUGGCAUCUGCAUGGGGAAAAUGGGAGAGAGGGGGAAGCUCAUGUCUGAAUUCUUCAACAUCCUUAAUGAGAUCAUCAUGAAGAUGGUGUCCAUGAUCAUGUGGUACUCACCUCUAGGCAUUGCCUCCCUCAUCUGUGGGAAAAUUGCUGCUAUCGGUGACUUGGAAGUGGUGGCGAGGCAGCUGGGCAUGUACAUGGUCACGGUCAUAGUCGGUCUCAUCAUUCAUGGCGGGCUCAUCCUGCCACUCAUAUACUUCGCCAUGACUCGGAAAAACCCCUUCACGUUUUACUCUGGUAUCUUCCAGGCUUGGAUCACUGCUCUGGGAACGGCCAGCAGUGCUGGGACAUUGCCAGUGACUUUUCGUUGUCUGGAGGAGAAUCUUAAGAUUGACAAACGUGUGACCCGCUUUGUGCUGCCCAUUGGAGCCACCAUAAACAUGGAUGGCACUGCACUCUAUGAGGCCGUAGCAGCCAUUUUCAUCGCCCAGAUGAAUGACAUUGCCCUAGAUGGAGGACAGAUUGUCACUGUUAGUAUGACAGCGACUUUAGCCAGUGUGGGAGCGGCCAGUAUUCCCAGUGCGGGUCUGGUCACCAUGUUGCUAAUCCUGACCGCCGUGGGCCUUCCGACUCAAGACAUCAGCCUGCUCGUCGCUGUCGACUGGCUUCUCGACAGAAUGCGCACCUCCAUUAACGUGGUGGGCGACUCUUUCGGGGCGGGCAUUGUGGACCACCUAUCACGGGCAGAGCUCGCCGUGAUCGACGGAGACAUCCCUCUAUCAGACGAGGAGUUUGUCCCCCCUCCGCCUCUCCUCACUGAAAUAGACCUUAUAGACCCUCUCAAGCCGCCCGAACUGCCCCCUCGCUCCCCGCGGCCCCCAAAGCUCAACCAUCACGCCCCGUCUCUGACCCCUUCGCAGUCUCAGUCGCAGUCUAUCCCGCACUCGCCCCGCUCCGUCCGCUCUCCGUCACCUCACUCCAUCCGCUCGCCCUCCCCUCGCUCCGUGUGCUCUCACUCCCCGAGGCCUUUCCGAACACAUUCCCCUCGUCUUUUACGCAGGACAGAGCCUGGAUACUGCGCCCUGCCCACUCAUGACAACCAGAUUACCACUCUUCCCAGAGGUUUCCGAGAGAGAGGAAGAGACCGGGAACGAGACAGAGAAAGAGAGAGACUGCGGGAGCGGGAGCGGGAGCGGGAUAAAGGGAGCGAGACUGAGGAGGAUGAGGAGAAAGAAAGAAUGAUGGAUGAGGCGAGCGAUGGAGAAGAAAGCGAUGACACGGCGUACGACAGGCGCCACGGCAUCCCACCUUGUGACCUGCCCUGAACGAAACAGACAAAGCUGUAGCACAUUUUCACAAUACUUCUUCCGUAUCUCAGAACCCACCUUUCUGAGUGAACGCUGGCAUUUUUGUUGUUUGGUAAAGACUUUGAGUACCUAGGUUUGUUGUGUGUUUGUUUUGCAUUGAGAAACUUGAUAAAAGUGAAUGAAGGGUUCACUAUGUUUUAUGUUUCAGCUUUAUAGUCUAGCAACUGCAACUGUUUGUAACUUGUAGCUUAUUUGCUUUUACAGGAUUUCAGUAAUAAACCGGAUGAGUGGCUCUGAGCGUUUAUUGCACGUGCUCUGCCGAUCUUGAUUUUAUUUAUUCUUUGACUUCCCUAUCAUAUAAUUUAUCUAGGUUACUGGGAUACUGGUUGUAACACUGGAUGUCACUGCACUGCACUGUAAAACCCAGACUUACUCAAUGGUUCAGGGAAAAGAUAGCCUUGACUCAUUUGAGCUGCCUUAGUUUACUUUUAUAGUCUAGAUGUCCUCUGUUCAGUUGCCAGUGGAACAUAAACAAAAUGACAACAGGCAGUUCGAACGAAUCGAAGCAGUUGGCUCCUAUAAACAGUCUAAAGUUGUUCCAAAUCUCCCAUUUUAUGAUUUGUUGGGUUUUUCUUUUGACGGUGGCGAGGACGUCACAAGCAGCUGUGAGUAACGUGAUGCAGUUUCUCCCCGUACCCCUCAUGUUCUUUCCCUUUGCGCGUGUCUUAUAAAUGUGAAUCAUACACUAAAACAUCAUUUGCAUGUACAGAUUUACCAAUACACUGUUUAUAUUAGCGGGUGUGACAUCAGGCUUACACACCUCAGUGUCGCCAGGCCAAGUGCAGUUACACAAACCUGGCAACGUAAUUUACUUUUAUACCGAUUGUCCUUGCACAAGUCGUCCACUGUCAUACUGUAUGAAUGCCAGUGUAGUUUCCAACAUUUUUCACAAAGA